AAUUUGCCCAAAUCAAUCUUUCAAAACCACUCUUACAAUCAAAUCCAAAUUUCUGAAUUUCUCCUUCAUUUUCCCUCUUUCUUCCGUCGAUUGUUGGUGUUUUAUUUCGAUUCAUUUUGCCUUCUAGGGUUUAUCGUAAUUAAUCUAUCUAUUCGCGGUAGAUGGAUUGGAGUAACGUGACAGCUGAGGAUCUAAUCGACGCGCUGCGGGAGGUGGACUGGUCAUCGCCGCCGCGACCCCUGCCGGAGUUCUUCUCCCGGUUCACUGUACCGCGUUCUUAUGCCAAAUGGAACAGUCGCCUCAAGUGCAACCUCUAUUACUAUCGGACCAAUUAUUUCCUAAUGAUUGUUUUCAUUCUUGGGAUGGGAUUUCUUAGGAGGCCGCUAGCGAUUGUUGCUGCUCUAAUGACAGCUCUGACCAUUGCUUUUCUAAAUGAUAGCUUUGCAGGUACUUUCAGUGAAAAAGUAACUAGAUCCGUUAGACAGUUUUCUCCACAUCUAGCGGCCAAAAUGAGACCUCAUCUUACGCCUGUUAUUCGGGGGCGCCCUUCUGUGAAACGAGCCAUAUAUAUAUGUGGAUGGCCUCGAUGGGUAUUUGUCUUGGUAUUUUCUUCAGUGAGUUUCAUCCUAUGGUUUGUCUCUUGUGGCCUUCUUACCCUCUCAUGGGCUUUGCUUACUGGCCUUCUUGCCACCAUCAUUCAUGCAAGCUUUAGGACACCAAACCUGAAAGCUCGUUUGAACACAUUCCGCGAGGAAUUCCGUGCAGUUUGGCGCAAUUAUAGUGAGCUGUAGUUUGUGUAUAGCAGAGCACAUGUGAUUUUUGCUUUACAUACAGCGGGCUCGUGUUUCUUAUGAAGGUGUUGGAUUAUGUUCUCAGGCUAAUUUCUAUAUUCCAGCUGUCAAUUCUCAAGAAACAUGGUCUGCUCAGAUUUACAGAUUAGUACGAGGUUGUAAAGUUCUUGAAUUCUUAUUUAGGUAAAUGGACAGUUAUACCAUUUAUGAUUUGAUUUGGUGAAAUCUUUCGAAUUUGUAUUAAAACAUUUCUUGAAUUUUGUAAAAAAAAAAACAAAAAAGUUACUGUUAUUUUACGUCAAGUAGAUUUGUUGCGGCAUAUGAGA